CCUUUCUAAGGCUGCUGCUGCUGCAGAGACUUCUCAGCACGACCAGAUAGGACCCGAGUACGUACACACAGCUCUGGUGGGGGAAACCCAGCCCUCAAGAACGAUCAAAGGUGGAAGGAAAAGCCAAGACACAUCCUGUCUCUCCCUCAGGGUGCAGUAAUGCUGAACGGCAUAACAUCAGCUUUAGUACAGUAAGGCGGGGAGAGAGAGCCUUGUUUACCAGUUUGGGAAGGAAACGUUAUAAACCCUUUGUCUUGGAAAUAAGCUUUGCAUCUUUGCUGCUGCUGAUCCAGUGUGCUGCCGCUGCUGGUGACAUUAACAUCUGUGGACUAUUUCAUUUAUUUUUACUUCCUCCCCCACCUCGGCUGCUCUAGGAAUGUCUUGAUGCAACUGGAAAGAUAUUGUAGAUUUUAAUGCUUUUCCAGUGGAUGUUUCUCCAUUCACUAUGAUAGCAUUUUAUGUUUGAGACUCCUUUGUGUAUGUGGGAGUGAAAAAUCACAUGAUCUCAGUUUGAAGCAGGAAAACUGGAAGAUAGAAGAAAUUCUACACCCCCCCUUUUUUUGCUAGAUCAGCUUUCUAGAUGGUGGCAGUGGCAAUUUCUACAUACAUUGUCAAGCACACAUACUACAGUGUGCUGUAGACCUUGCUGAUUUUUUUAAAUACAUAAAAAAGAUUUUUUCCCCUUUUUGUUGUUGCUGCAGUUGGGGUGCACUGUGAUUACGUUUCUCCUAAAUUGCUGAUUUGCAUUUAAUGUGAAGGAAUAUGCUCAUGAAGGAGUACCGGAUCUGUAUGCCUUUGACAGUUGAAGAGUACAGAAUUGGACAGCUGUACAUGAUCAGUAAACACAGCCACGAGCAAAGUGAUCGUGGAGAAGGGGUAGAAGUGGUGCAGAACGAACCCUAUGAAGAUCCAAAUUAUGGGAAUGGUCAACUGACUGAAAAACGGGUUUAUCUGAACAGCAAACUCCCAAGCUGGGCAAGAGCUGUUGUCCCCAAAAUAUUUUAUGUUACAGAGAAGGCAUGGAAUUACUACCCAUACACAAUUACAGAAUACACGUGUUCAUUUUUACCUAAAUUCUCCAUUCACAUAGAGACAAAAUAUGAGGACAACAAAGGAAGCAAUGAUAACAUAUUUGAUAAUGAAGCCAAAGAUCUUGAGAGAGAAGUCUGCUUUAUUGAUAUUGCCUGCGACGAAAUUCCUGAGCGCUAUUACAAAGAAUCAGAGGAUCCUAAACACUUCAAAUCAGAGAAGACUGGGAGAGGCCUAUUAAAAGAAGGCUGGAGAGACACUCAAGAGCCCAUCAUGUGUUCCUACAAACUGGUGACUGUGAAAUUUGAAGUAUGGGGGCUUCAGACUCGAGUGGAGCAGUUCGUUCACAAGGUGGUCAGAGAUAUAUUGCUGAUUGGCCACCGACAGGCUUUUACAUGGGUGGAUGAGUGGUAUGACAUGACCAUGGAUGAAGUUCGGGAAUUUGAACGAGCAACUCAGGAAGCCACCAACAAGAAAAUUGGGAUCUUCCCUCCUGCAAUAUCGAUCUCUAAUGUCUCCCUCCCUUCUUCAAUCCGCAGUGCUCCUUCUAGUGCUCCGUCUACACCUCUCUCCACAGAGGCGCCUGAAUUUCUAGCAGUUCCCAAAGACCGGCAACGGAAAAAAUCUGCCCCAGAAACUCUCACGCUCCCAGAUCCAGACAAAAAAACUCUCUAAACCCAGCAUGUUUUCAUGACAAGCCAUGUCUGAAAGAAUAGCAUUUGCAAAGCUCAUGGUAGUUGUUUUAUGUAAACAAAAUUUACUGAUCUGGAAAUACGACCUUUCCCCCCCUCCCCAUCAGGCUUGUCCCUUAAACUAGUUAGCUAAGUGCAUGCGAGAACAUAGUUCAUAUGCUCCGAUUCCUAGACUACAGCUCUAAGCCAUAUGACAGAUGUUGCUAUCAACACAAAAUGAAACAAGCUUGCAAAAGCAAAAGUCUGUCUCUACAUAGCAACUGUAGUAAACAAAAGAUAUUCUCAUAUAUAGCAUAACACUAUUUAUGACUGGAGAUGUUAUAUGGAUUUAAUAAAGAUGGCAAGGACAUCUUGAGAGAAUGAGGACAUAUUGAGGGACAGUUUCAAAUGACAUUUCUCAUUUCAAGCCAUUAUAUCUCAAUUUCUAAAAUCCUUUUUACUCUCAGGCCAAGUGCACCUUAAAGUAAACCUUUGAACUGCUAUUCACUGAGAAACACUUGAAUACCAACAGUAAUUAUUCAGAUUCUUGUUUUACUGAAUACAACUCAGGAUUUGGAGUGCAGCUAAUGCACACUUUAAACUCUUCAAAACUAAAGAACCAGUGAGCUCUGGUUGUAAUUCAUUAUACUUAUUUUUAGACCCUUGAACUAUUUGUAUCUUGCACAAAAUUUGUGACUCCUUUUUAUGGUGUGCUGUUGUGUAGCUGUUCUGUGUUGGUAUUUGGGAGUGUUGUUGUAGAAAGCAAGAUGGGAACACAAGCAAUUGAAUAGUUCAGUGAUUUAUUUCAAGCCCUCGGAAUUCCUAUGAAACCAGCCAAAACACCCGAUGUAAAAUAGUUUUAAAAAUGAAAGAUAACAUUCAGUCAGUUUUCUACCACACUGUGAGCAGGUGUUAAGCUAUUCUGGGCUAUAAAGCUUCCCAUUCUGCCAAUGACCAACAAGAAUUGUCAGCAACUGAUGUGAUGGAUGCCAUUCUGUGGUGGGUUGCUGUCAACCCAUUUUCUCCUCCUUAGCUGUGAGAAACAGAAGCCCUAUUCAGGUGUCUUGCCUGAACAGGAAAUGACCUGUGUUGGGGUGCAUGUGACCUGACAUACUGCCCAGUGUCCCAUCCCCAUCCCACUUUUUCCCUGCCUUCCAGUGUUGAAGAGGGAAGGUCUCAAGGAUCACUUGAGUACAAGUAGAAGCCAGUUAGAAACCCUGCUCCAUCAUACAAACACAGGUAGACCACACCUCUUCCACUCAAUGUGAGAAGUUUGGGAAUGGUGUGGCAGGAUGAGUACAUGCAGGGGCAGAGCUAGUGCAUGUGCCCCCCCAUACAUGUUGACAUUUCCUGUACAGACAUAAUGCCUGAAUAAGGCUACAUUAUUUUAGGGAACAACCUUGAAAGAGGGAGAGAUGUGGAAAACAGCAGGGAGGCAAAGAGAAGAGUCAAUCUCUUCAGCUUACUAGCUUCCCUCCCUCUUUUAUAUUUUGUGGCAAUCCCGUAUGCUUUAAAAAAAGCUAUUCCCAGCCUACCCACUGCCUUGCUUGUCUAUAGCUCCCAACACUUGCCAGAAGAAACAGCAGGGAGGAGGAGAAAGAGUAUAUGUUAGGGAGAAAGUAAGCUGCUGACUGGUGAAAAGCCCGCAAGCAGGUGCGGAGACAGUGGAAGGUGGCAGGCCAAAUUCUCCUUACCUUAAGGGUAAGAUGACAACGCUAACAUCUGACUGGGGAUUUAAGGUAGUAUAUAGUUGGUUUACUACCAUAUUGAUUGGUGAUCACUGUGUAAUUGUGCUGCCAUUGGUUUCUUUAAUCAGACUGGAGCAGCCUUUGCCAACAAGGUGCCUUCCAGACGUUUUGUACUAAAACUUGCAUCAGCCGAAGCCAGUAUAACUCUGCUCACUGGAAUGAAUGGGAAUUGUAGUCCAAAACAUCUGGAGGGUCACCAGCUUGGCAAAGGCUGGUUAGGUAAGCAGUUUAAGACAAGAGUUUUAAGUGUUGUGACAGUGGGCCUCCUGAAGUGUAGACGGAAACAACCAAUUAUUUUAAGUGGUAGUAUGUGGUCUGUUUCAUUCUGGCACCAAACUAUGGGUAACAACUAUGGGAUGUGAACAAAGCCAUGUAGAUUUGUUAUGUUUUUAAGAUUCCCCCAAAAUAGGAUCCUGGGAAGUAAAAACUCUGUAGGAAGUUCUUCCACCAGAGGUAGGGAAGAACACCACCCAUGCAGCUCUCUUGAGUUGAAAGUAAUUAGCAGACGGGAGUAUAGGGAACAGAUCUAUAACAAGGAAGCUGUCCUAAGUCUGACCAUUGGUCCAUCUAGUGUGUCUACAGUAAUAGACAAUAUUGUCUAUUACUAAUAUUGUCUACAGUAACUGCUUUCCAAGGUUUCAGACAGAGGACAUUGUCAACCCUACCUGCAAGUGCUCGAGAUUUAACUGGGAUCUUGCAAAGCAGGUACUCUGCUGCAUGCAAAGCAAGUAGAUCAUGUCUAGUUUGGAGAGGAUCUCCCAUGCUCAAAAUACUGUAACAAGACAAUAAUAUAUUGCAGUGCAGAGUCCCAACUAAAAUUCUGAAAAGGAAGAAAAAUUCUCUAAAUAACUGUAUCUCUUCAAGGAAAGCUAGGAGCAGCCUAUAAGCCUAUGGCCUGCUCAAGGGUGUAAGAGGCCCAGUUUCAGCUUUCAGUAUGUGGACCAACUGGAGAUUAUGCCUAUGACUGCAGCACAUUGACUUCAGAGAGGAAAGUGAAACCUCGUAUAAUUGAGUUAACCUAAACAAGCUAAUGGAGAUGUCUCCACCCAGUCAGUUUUGGAGUACGCAACAGCACACAAAAAUAGAUAUAAUGCUUCUUAGAGAAGCAAAAAAAAAAGUGUCAGUUCCUGAGUUGCUUCUUUUAUGCUAAAUUUCUUUCAGGGAAAAGUAGAAUUUACAGGUUCACUCAACAGGGCCUUCCUAGCACCUCUUUCCUACUACAGCCCCUUGUGCUCCCCCAAAACUCAACUCCUGAGGGUUGAGGGACCCUGCAGAACAGUGUAGGAGGAGGCACAGGACUGCAGCAGGAUUGGGAAAUCAGCAGGGAGGCCCUUGUGCAAAUGGAAGUGCCUUUCUGCUUGCACAAUACGUAGGGGUAUGUCCUUUUUACUACAAUAACCAUGGAGAAUUACAGUACCAGUUGCACAUUGCCAUACAGUUGGGAAAGAGAUGAAUUCUUUCUGGCCUGUUAGUAGCAUCACCCUCAAUCUCAGGAAUUAAAGUUGCUUCCCCAUAUCUCAACUUAAAUUAGGAGUCCUUUUAUUUCCUGACAUAAUUGUCCCAUAAUUGUCCAGGGGCUAAGGAUAUAAUUGAUUCCAAAUUGCAAUUAAUCCUUCACCCUUUUCUUUAGCCGUGUUCUUAGUAACUCGCUCUGUCCAAGCUAUACCAGGCCUUGCGAAGUGGUGAAUGUGUCACAAACUUGUAGUGAGAUUAUGCACGUUCUGUCAGAAGCAAAUAGAAAUACAGAUCCAGACCUCAGGGUGUUGCGUCUCUUUUAAGUCAUGGGGGGGAAAUAAAAUAGUGGAUAUAUUUCUAUCGAGCAUGGUAGCAUGAUACUGCGUGUGGAAAAAGUAGCUGACUUAAAUCCCCCUCCAACCUCUAAGUGGCUUGUUUAAAUAGUAGAUAGUAAGGUGAUUUUAGAAGAGUAGUUUCAGUCGUAGAAAAGUGGAGUGGGAGGACAGAAUGCAGUGCGUAGGUUUGACAGCUUCAAGAAACUAAGGCCAACACCAUCUGUAGUUCUGAAUACACCUAACACUUAGCUUUAUGCCUUCUCUCAAUUAUUGUCCUUUUUUUUUUCAAUCUUUCUCAACAUCCUGGUAUUCUGUUUGGCUGUUGUGGUAUCUCCCCCACCCCCUUAUUAUCAAAAACAUUUUGUAUAUACAUCUACCCUGAAUCAGCAUGUGGCUGUAGCUAACAAACAGGUGGCACUACUGCCAAUUGAAUUGUGACAAGUUCCGUAGGCCUACAAAUAAAUGUUGCUAUCCUAUAUCUCCUUUUUUGAAUGUUCCGCACAAAUCAAUAGGGCAAGACAAUACCCUGCUUUAUUGUGUUUGUUUUAACUGUCUCACUCCCUGCUCUCCUGUUGUAUUACUUUGACUUGGGGUGCGGGGGAGAUGAGGCAUUUGUGUAAAUGAAUUAACACCUCCCAAGAAGAUGCUGCUUAACAGACUGCGUAGUGCAUAUCUGAAACAGAGAAAGGCAAUAUUGCAUGCAAUGGAAAAUAAUGGAAUCUUCUGCUUUACCUUCCCAAUCUUCCAUAUUGUAGCUAUAAGCAUUUGUUCCGCUUAGAUAUGCUAUUUAAAUUUGGUGCUUAAUGAAGAAGACACAAUUUUAAUUCCGCUGCAUGUCUCAAUGGUGGGGUUAGCCCAUUCCAUUCCUGCCUCCUACUUUCUGUCUGUGGGGGUGAACAGAUACAAAUCUGUUCUGAAGAACUGACAUCAUCCUUAUAUCUAUGCUUUUCAUGGGUCAUGGCAGACUCCUCAAUCAUUUUCUGUUUCCCCUCACUGCUUUUGCCUUGAUCAGGCUAUCAAAUAUUAAAUAACUUCUCAUUUUCUCCUUCCAUCCCCCCCCAAUACUAUGACAACAGCUUUAAAAAAAUAUUUCCAGCACAAGAAUAAUAACUAAAUUAAAUUUCUAACAUAUUUUUGUUGCACUAAUGUCUUUUAUACAGAAAAAAGUUUUCACUGCUAAAUUGUCUGAAUUACUUCGUACAAGUUUGUAUAUUUUUUAGGUUUGAUUGUGAGGAACAGACAGAGCUGUGGGUGUUUAUAUUAUUUGUUUUGUGGAACAAUGUGGUUUUAGUUGGCACUUUUAAAAGUGUGGUGCAGCACAGCAAAACUAAAGUACUAUGGCAUUGCAAUGGUGUCGUUGACCCUGCCUUUUUGUGACUGGCAAAUUGUAUACAUUGAAGCACUGCUAGGGAGGAAAUAAAAAGGAGGUGUGUGUUGCCGCUAUUUCCAAAUCAACCUCUCCUACCUGUGAUACAGACUCCCAAAAUUGUUGACUUAAAAGUUCCAAUCUUGACAUUGUACUCAGGCAAAAUAUUAACGGAAGUAUGCUUUUUUAAAAGCUACACCUUAAAAGUUCAAGUAAUCGCGGCUUCACUCUUGAUAGAAAAAAAAUCUAGCAUUCCUGCAACAACAUGUGGAGAAUAUACACAUAUUUGUAUCAAGAAACCUUCACUGGGCCCUUAUCAGAGUAGCUUAAAGGUUAUGUUGUCAACACUACCUGUUUGCUGAGAGAAACAAUACAUGCAUAUGUUGAAUUUGCCAAGUAACAGGUUGAGCUGCCAUAAAAGACAACAGUGUCCUUUUGAUGAGCAGGCAUCAUUCCUGUUAGUUGUACCAUUAUGCUUGCCUAUUUGAGUAAAUCUGCAGAAAUAAGCAACUUAAUCAUCUCCAAGGCUGUAAUCCUAAAAUAAUUCACUGCACAACUCCCCGCUGGAGUGGUGCUCCUCCAGAAUAGAUGUCUUCAAUCUGUUUCUCUUUCUGUCUGGUGGACGUUUCAUUGAGUAACAGAAUAUUUAAGAGGUUUGUUAAUAUGAGAAUGUACAAAAAAUGUUCUGUGGUUUUAAUUUGAGCAGUCAUAAGCAGAGCAGAAGAUUUUCACCGAUUCCCUCCUCCCAAUGCAAACAGCACAUCCAGUAUCCUUCUGGAGAUCCCCUGAGCCUCAGAAGCAGUAUUUUCAAACAGUGCCAGAGGCUGGAGAGGAGAGGAGAGGAGAAGGUAGGAAGGCCCCAUUGAGAAUUUUGAAUUCUGCUCACACUUCUUUCGAUGGUUUGCUGCACCAUAACUUUAAAACAUGCUGUCAUAUAGAAUAAAUCAAACGUAUGCACUUUGUAAUAGCUACAGCUACUAAAUGCAAUAGGGGAGGAUAAAUGAACUUGUCAAUAGGAACUUGCUGUUAUUCAGCCUUAAUUUAGAUGUCAUGUGUCAAUAAAGGCUUGAAGCUACAACUAUUCUUAACUGUUGUCCCCCCCCCAAAAAAAAACACCUCCUAGUUUGUGUGGCCAGCAUGGUCUUUUAAUUACAGUCUCUGAUUUUUAAAUGUUACUUAUGGAAAUAAGUUUUUACUUCUGUGGCAAUCCUUGUGACCUUGAAUGUUGUGUAUAUUAUUGUUUUUUGCUGAUAGGUUUAGUGUUACAGUACAUUGUUUAGAUAAGCUCGUUCCAUGAAAGGAGGACCAAGCGGCCCGAGUUAAAACAAUACAAGGCUAAGUAAAAGGAUCCGAGUAUCAUAGUUUCCAUACACACCACUUAAUUGUUGCUUUUCAGUUAUUUAUUAUCAUUUUACACGUUUUUCUUACAUUCUGUUGUAAAUAAACUACCAAGCAAUCUUCUUUCCAA